AUGAACAGGAUUUGUCUAAAGACCCUGGUGAUUUUUAACGCAAGUAAAAAUAUUGUGAAACAUAGUGGACAGCCUUCUUUUAUAAUAUUUGGAAACUAUAAAGAGAGGGUGAAGUUCAAUAAGGCAAACUACAGCCUCACACUAAAGUACUUAGGCAAAGGGGACAGUGGACUCUAUGAAGCAAGAGUAACUGGUGAAGAUGAUGUAACUGUUGCUCAGUACAAAUUAACUGUGUUAGAUCCAGUGGAGAAUCCCUCCCUUAAUGUCUCUCCCCAACAAAGCAUUGACACCUGUAACGUGACUCUCACCUGCGAAAAGAAAGAGAAAAGUAGCGAAAACACGUUUGUUUUCCUCUUAUUGCACAUUAGUAAGAACUUUAUUAUUUGUAAUCAUAGCAGCCCCAUCAGCUGGAAAACUACGGAGAUGAAACAUGUAAAACAACUCUACCCUUCUAAAGGCCUAAGCAUGCAAACUAAGUAA